AUGCAUAGUGGAAGCCAUGGUGGAGGUGGCAGUGGAUAUUGGAGUGGAGGUUGUGGUGGUUAUGGAUAUGAAGGUGGUGGAUACAGUAGUGGUGGAGGUGGUUAUUCAAUAGGAGGAGGUGGUGGUGGAUACAGUGGAGGUGUUGGAUAUGGAGGUGGCUGCCGUGAUGGCAGUGGAUACCCCGGUGGAGGGUGUGGUUGUUAUGGACACGUAGGUGGAUAUAGUGGUGUGGAGGUGGUUACUCGAGAGGAGGAUGAAGUGGUGGUUGAUACAGUCGACGUGGAAGUCAUGAGGGUGGAGGAUAAGAAGGUGAAAGCCAUGGUGGAAAAGGGAAGCAGAGAAAAGCUAAUAAGAAAUAUAAUUUAA